GGUCAACCAAAACCAAGCACGGCAAGACCCCCGCCUGGCCAGCCGGCCUAUAAAUGCUCCCGAUCCUCCCCUCUCCAACCCCCACACUGUCUCCUGCCCCAUCCUCCUCCUCGAACUCAUUAAACAUCCUGAGACUGACCCCUCCGUCCUCCUCCUCCGACCAGAUCUCAGAUCCGCGGAGCUCCGGCGCGCCUCCAAUGGCGGUCAAGGUCUACGUCGUGUAUUACUCCAUGUAUGGUCAUGUUGCUAAACUAGCUGAUGAGAUCAAGAAAGGUGCCUCCUCUGUUGAAGGCGUAGAAGUUAAAGUGUGGCAGGUCCCUGAAAUCCUCUCUGAGGAAGUGCUCGGCAAGAUGGGCGCUCCUCCAAAGACCGACGUGCCGACAAUCACGCCGCAAGAGCUUGCCGAGGCCGACGGCGUGCUCUUCGGGUUCCCGACGAGGUUCGGCAUGAUGGCGUCGCAGAUGAAGGCCUUCUUCGACGCGACGGGCGGCCUGUGGCGCGAGCAGAGCCUCGCGGGCAAGCCGGCCGGCGUCUUCUACAGCACGGGCACCCAGGGCGGCGGGCAGGAGACCACCCCAUUGACGGCGGUGACCCAGCUGACGCACCACGGGAUGGUGUUCGUGCCGGUCGGGUACACGUUCGGCGCCAAGCUGUUCGACAUGGACAAGGUGCAGGGCGGCAGCCCGUACGGCGCCGGCACGUUCGCCGGGGACGGGUCCAGGUGGCCGACGGAGAUGGAGCUGGAGCACGCCUUCCACCAGGGCAAGUACUUCGCCGGCAUCACCAAGAAGCUCAAGGGUUCCUCCGCUUGAAUGUUUGAUCAGCUGCAGCUCCUUCGCCGCUGUCUGCUGCUGCUGCUGUUAUCUGUAUCUGUGGAACUUACUUUGCAACAUGCGUGAUGCGGGUCGAUGUGAUUGGCUUUGAUUGAACUGGUUGUAAAGUUUGUAAGUGAAUUUUGUGCUUCUAUAUAAUCUAUACCAUAUCAUGUUAGUAAUGUAUUCUGGGUAUAAUCCAGUGAUGAUUCUGAACUGAAUAAAGAUUUGGAGCUCGUUGAUGCGCCUUA